ACCGAGACCUGCGUCAUACAAGGUGACACUCCAAGGAUAGCUACCCAAGGCUGAUUUAGCAAAGUCGCAUAUGCUUGACUAAGGCUACGCUAUUACCUACCUAGGUAGUUUAAUAAUUUGUUUUUAAAAGACAGCCUGCGACUCUUUUAAAUACGGAUAUUCCCUAGCGGCUUCUGGAAUUCACUCCCAUCCUCUUUAACACAUAGCGAGCGAGAACCAACUCAUUAACUACCAAGCUACGGAGCUCCUUGAGCUUCCAAGAAAGCCAAGCCGAGCCGAGCCUAACCGGUAGCAGCUAUGGGUCGACCUCCAGCUUUCAUAUUCAUAGUCAGACACGGGAAACGUCUCGAUGCCGCAGACAAGCAGUGGCACAUUUCCUCACCUACGCCCUACGACCCACCCUUAACAUACGGUGGAUGGCUACAAUCCAAAGCUGUUGGAGCGAGGAUAGCUUCUAUCUUACAAGAAAGCGAGAAUGAGAAUGAGAACGAGGCGGUUAUCACAAAUCAAGGAUCCAACACGAUACCUACGAAGCAAAAGAAGCGCCGCUACAAGAUCGUAAUACAUAGCUCGCCAUUCCUUCGAUGUGUCCAGACGUCUGUUUCUAUAGCUGCUGGGCUAGCCUCGAACCCUUCUAUACCUUCUGUCGAUGGAUCGCCAUCUUCGCGAAAUAUACCGAUAUCUUCUCCCCCGAGUUCGAUCGGUCCUUUUCGAGCUCACUCGACCGUCCAUACAAAUUCGAUUUUGCCUCAUGAUUUGUCCAUCCCGAGCGUCGCAGAGAAGUCUAUCCUGCGACUCGAUCCUUUCCUCGGGGAAUGGCUCUCUCCCGACUACUUUGAACACAUUACGCCACCCCCAAGGUCGAGCCUGAUGUUAAUGACUGCGAAAGCCGAAUUGUUACGACGAGAGAAUUACAAUGACUAUCCUCAUUUCCAUUCCAGACAUGCUUCAAAUGCCUCGUCCCAGUUGUGGAGCGCCUCGCCUAGCAGGGGAAGUCCUUUAGCUUCUUCUAUGACACCGGAUUCUAGCAUUCACUCCGGUCUCGAUAAUAUUUCUAGUCUGAGAGGCGAUUUACCAAGGUACAGGAGUGAUUCGCUUGGAAACCUAGAUCCGAGAACAGGGCAUAGGGUAUCCUCUCCCACCCCACCUUGGAACCCUAGAUACGUUGCCCCUGUUCCUUCAUACGCUCUUUCUACCUCUGAACCUAUACCACAAGGUUACGUUGCUCAUGCUCGUGAUGCUUGUGUCGAAGUUGAUUAUCAAUGGGAUUCUAGUCGCGAGGAUUUUGGCUGGGGAGACGGUGGCGUCUUACCAGAAGAGUGGGCGGCAAUGCACCAGAGGUUCAGGAAAGGGCUGAGACGAUUAGUUGAAUGGUACACUGUCACGGAGAAGCCUGCAGAGAUGGUAACCAAAACAUCGAGUCCGAUGUCCACAAAAUCUCCACAAAAGGAAACCAAUUCUAACGAGUCCCCCGUUGAUGACGAUGAUCAAACCGAGGUUGAAAAUGUCGUUGUUCUCGUUUCGCAUGGUGCUGGCUGCAACGCCCUUAUCGGCGCCAUUACACAGCAACCUGUCCUUAUCGACGUUGGCAUGUCGUCUAUCACGAUGGCACAGCGUAAAUUGGAUUUUGACGAGGGUUUCAAAACCAAUGUUCAUGGGAGCUUUGCUUCUUCGCUUGAAGAACCUCUGAUCACAAAGCAGACCGCCAUGUCAGAGAUAUUCGAACUAAAGUUGUUUGCUAACACAGAGCACCUUCACUCCACGAUGAGCCCACCAUCCAUCAGCCGUUCUUCUUCAGCUGCCGGUCGUAAUUCGGCUAGUCGGUAUAAUAAUGGGUUCCCUUCCGUCUUAAAAGACAUGAACCUUAGUGCCUCAUUAUAUGGAGCCCCAACACCAGGAGCCCGAAACAGUUCUACAAAUGCCUCACUAGGUAGCAUGCGAAGAGGGUCGCCAGUAUUGGCGUCGUCUUUUCGACCUCCACAACCCGCAGGUGCGGGUACAGGAGGUUCACAACUUCUACCAACACGGCCAAAUCGAUCUGGUUCCAUGGGUUUAUGGUCACCACCAAACCAGGAUGAAAUCGUGCCAGAGAAACAACCAGAGACGCCGCCGACUUCAAGCCUUGACAAAGAAUACGUGGUAGAAAAGAAGAAUUACGAGGCCUUACCAGAAACAAAGGAACAUGAUUCCUUUACUAACAACGUUGAAAGCCAAGAACUGGCAAGAGUAAGCGUGCAAAAAUCGGGAUCCCGGUCGUCACACGGAGAAGAGCGCGAUACGUUUGAUGAGGGCGCCAUUCCACGGCUCUGGUCUGGCACAAGCAACGCAGGUCUCUGGGGUAACCCCCGACCUCCAGGCGAGGCCGAGAGGAUUCGAGAUUUCAGCGCGACGAAACGACGUUGGACCGUAACUGAGCGAUAAAUUCCCACGACAGGUUCCCUACGAAACCGAGCGAAUUUAAUGAAUAAUCCACUUGCAAUACUUCUCAUAGCAUAUCGACUUCACCGACGGCUUUUAAGCCAGUCUCACAAAUUUGGCAUUGGCGUUUACAAAUACCCAAAGGGAAUAUGUUAUAUCUCCACUCAUAUAUCAGUCAUUUAUUUAAUAUAUGAUACCAGGCCAUAGCAGCUAUUAAAAACUGACACAUUUAGGCCAUUCUUAUUUUCCCCACGGGGUUAUCAGUGCUCUUUUAGCAUGGGGAUAUUCCAUUUGAAAAUGCACGCUAUGGGAGUAGGAAAAGCAUCCAAGGAUCGCCGUACAAAUUGCGGUGAUAUCACUAAUUAGGGUUAGAUGGACGACUGCUUAAUCUCUAUCUACUAAUGAAUGCAUGAAUACAAUAUCAGUACCAGAAUAUGAUUUUUCUAGUAAAUCAAAAGGAAUGUCAGUGACUCCUAUGGUCAAUUCGAGAGUUAUCCCUGUGAGAAUAGAACCGAUCAGAACGGUCUUCGUAGUCUAUUAGCAAGUAAUAGCAACGUGAAUACCUUAAGUAUCUAAAUACAAGUUACCAACAGGCAGGUUAAAAAUACCACGGAAAUAACGAUAGCCCAAGAAGCAAGUUUGGUACUUUCAUGGCUCUGCAAG